AUGCCUCCUCGACUGAAUAUCAGAUUGCUUUCUCCAGCAUGCCGCCUAGUGCGGCCGUACUCAAUCGAUGCCGGGUCCCUGAUCAAAGUCACGAACCUCCCCGCCCCGAACUCCGGCCACAUACGAGUCCUCGAGCUCAACAGGCCGGCAGCGCGCAAUGCCAUAUCGAAGGCCCUCCUCGCCGCGCUACGAGCCGAAGUCGACGGUGUCCAGGCGCAAUACACACCUGAAGGCGAGGAGCUGCCAGUGACGCCUCGAUUCGGAGGCGCUGCAGGGGUCAACCAGAAGGGACCGACGAGGGUGCUGGUCCUGGCCAGCGCCGUCGAUGCCAGUUUCUGCGCAGGCGCGGAUCUGAAGGAACGGCGAGGGUUCACGCAAGAAGAGACAGCAGACUUCCUCGCGAACUUGCGCGGCACAUUCUCCUCUCUAUCUUCUCUACCGAUCCCCACCAUCUCCGCCGUCUCCUCACUAGCCCUCGGCGGCGGCCUCGAGCUCGCACUCUGCACAGACUUCCGCGUCUUCGCCUCGACCGCGACUGUCGGCCUCCCAGAGACACGCCUGGGCAUAAUACCGGGAGCCGGCGGCACAUACCGCCUGCCCGCUAUAAUUGGGCAAUCGCGCGCAAGGGACCUCAUCCUGACCGGACGUCGCGUAUCUGCGCCAGAGGCUUACUUCCUCGGCAUAGCCGACCGGCUAGUCGAAGUCUUGCCCGAGGAUGAGCGGGACGCCGUUGCGCAGGAGGCAGGCGGCCAGAAAGCCGGGGAGGGCACGCCGUCCAGGGCGCGCCGGGCAGCCCUGGCCGAGGCGGUCCGGCUGGCGAGCGAGAUCUGCGAGGGUGGACCUAUUGCAGUCAGAGCUGGACUCAUGGCUGUGCGGUGGCCGAGGGAGGAGGUUGAGAAUGCCAUGUACCAGCGGGUUGUCAAGAGCGAGGACCGAGAUGAAGCGCUGGAGGCCUUUAGGGAGAAGCGGAAACCCGUCUUCAAAGGGAGGUAG